AACACCCGAUCCUUCUAUAGUUCUUUCUGUUCUUCUUUCUCCGAAUCCCCUUCUUCACUCUAUUUACCUCACAAUCGCCAGUAUCUUCAUGGGCUGUGACUAACUGAUGGCCCCAAGAACCUGUCUACGAGGCCUGAAGGUAGCAGUCACUGUAGCUUUCAUCUUUUCUCUCACGUUUAUACCUCCCAAAUCAGGAUACGGCGAGAGUUUAGCGCAGAAGGAAAUGGUGCUGGGAUCAAAGCCACCUGCUUGUGUGAACAAGUGCUUGAAUUGCAGGCCUUGCAUUGCUACGCUAGUCAUUCCUUCUCACCAAAGGAUCAAGGGGAAUUUCGCUGCAUGGUCUCGUAAUGAAGAUGACACCUACUAUCUCCUCACAUGGAAAUGCAGAUGUGGGAAUAAGUUCUAUCAACCAUGAAUAUCUCAAUCACUCCCCAUUCUGUUUGUAGAAAACUGUUACAAAUUAAAGACCAAAAAAAGGCUCAUAUGUCAAGGCGCCUCUCGUCUCUCGUUUCUCUUAUCACUUGUAGUUUGCUGUAUGAUAUCAUUAGAUUUAAGUGAUUUCGAUCUCAUGCAUG